GCUACUUAUAAGCAUUGUUGUCUGCACCAAGUUUGCGCUUUGAGGGCAUAUGAGACCCGCAUUUACGAAUGGAUAAUGAAGAUUAUACCCCAAAGAAUAUGCUAGGAGUGGCUGAUCUUGCAACCUUUGCAUUUUCAAUUGUUGUGUCUUGUGCUAUUGGAAUUUACUAUGCAUACAAAGAUAGAAAGAAUUCUACAACAGAUAAUUAUUAUUAUGGAGGAGGGAAAAUGAACGCGGUUGCGGUUGGUCUUUCAAUUGCCGUUACCUUCCGUUCAGCCGUAACGGUAAUCGCCAGUCCUGCAGAAGCAUACAUUACCGGUACUGCAGUGUUGUGGGAGGAAUUCUUGACUAUAUUCACAUCUUUUAUCACCAUGAUAUACUUCAUACCUGCGUUUCGUAGGAUGCAACUGAAUACUAUUUUUCAGUAUCUUGAAUUUCGGUUCAGUGCUGAACUGGCAAGACUGGCUGGUUUCAUGUAUAGCAUCGCUACAGUAUUUUACAUGGGAACGAUAAUAUAUCUUCCGGCUGUUUCGUUAAACGCAGUGACUGCAAUCCCAUUGACAUUGAGCAUCGUAUUAACUGGAGGAAUUUGCACGCUUUACACGACUCUGGGUGGAAUGAAAGCCGUCGUAUGGAGUGAUGUGUUCCAGUCCAGCAUUAUGCUUAUUGGAAUGUUUGCUGUCACAAUUCAAGGAUUAAUAACUAUUGGUGGGUUUGGAGAAAUGGGAGCUGCGUUGGAAAGGGGUGAACGUUACACUGAAUUGAGAUUUGAUUAUGGCAUAUUUAGCCGAAUAUCUCCAACUGCUGUACUCGUCGGCAAUUUUGUUUUUGCUUUGGACACAUUGUGUUUUUCACAGCCCGUGAUGCAAAGAUAUUUAUCUUGUAGAAGUACUACACAAGCACAAUUGUCUUUGCUGAUCUACAUCUUCCCAACAAUAUUGAUAUCUUUGUUGGUGUCAGUAAAUGGAUUUAUAAUGUACGCAUACUUUGAAGGUUGUGAUCCUGUAAUGUCGGGAAUACUUCAAAAAAUUGACCAAGGUAUACCGUACCUGGUGUUAAAAUUAUUUGAAAAUAUCCCAGGGUUGACUGGACUUUUCAUAUCAGCAAUAUUCAGCGCGAGUCUCAGCACCGUUUCUUCUUGCCUCAACUCGUUGUCUGUUGUGUUACUGGAAGACUGUUUUGUAAAACGAUGGCCGAAUCUAUCAGAGUCCAUCAAAUUAAUAAUCGGAAAAACAAUUGUUUUGGCUAUCGGCAUUGUCAGCAUCAUCACAGCUCUUUUAAUUUCAAUUGUACGAUCGAACGCACUAGAACUGGUCUAUGGAUUUUCAGGGCUGAUACAGGGACCACUGGAUGGGGCUUAUAUUCUAGGAUUUUUCUUUCCGUGGGCGAACAAAUACGGAGCAUUUGCUGGUGUAUUUUCGGGAGUUGCGUUGCUUUCUUUUAUUUUCUUCGGGAACCAUAUUUGGAAUAUUGAUCCAUACUCAGCGAAUAUUCCUCCUCGAACUAUUGAGCUGUGUUCAGCAAAUAAUACGAAUCAAGAACAAUUUUCAAACUUCACCAGUAUGGUGAUGCCAGAAACAAUUUCGGUAAAUGCAGAAGAAGGACGUUCCAUUCUUUCGGAUGUACUGAAUCUAAAUUUCAAUAUUCAUAUGUUCGUAGGCUGUUUUGUUUCUCUUCUUGUUGGGUUGGCGGUGUCAUUUCUGACAGGCCACACAUCAGGAAGUGAAGCGAACCCUAAUUACUUUAUCCCAAUUGUUGACAACAAAUGUCUGCCAAUAAAAGUUAGAAAAUUCUUUCGUUUCGGUGUGCCUGAACUUUCACGUGAUGAAGCGAACAUUUCAUUGUCACAGAGGAAUGGCGUGGUAGAUGAUUAGAAGAAGGACAAAAUAUUGGUCAAUGCACUCCUGAUUCGACUAUUGUUUGAGCCAUUCAAUACCAUGCAACCCUUACAAUCAGUGCAAUUCUUCAGUGUGUUCUUACUGCUUUAAUUAAGAAAACCAUUGCGUAAAAGCUGUGUCACUAUAUGAGAAAUGAUCAAUAACAACAUACUGCUUGAUUUGCGACUCGUACGCGUUGCUGCUGUGUUGGGGUAACCUAUAUCUCCGGCUUGUCAUGUCAGUGGGCUCCGACUAAAAUCUUUUUACAGAUAGGCUUGCCACUCGGUAUUGACUGGAGUGGAAACUGUCUGUCCUAUUUUUUGAACUAA